AUGAAACUUCUCACAGCACUCAUUUUCCUAGCCCUGAUUGCCAGCAUCAAACAGGCCAGCUGCCAGAUCUCUGAAGAAAGCUGCACAAAACUCGUCAAUCUCCUGCCUCUUCGGCUCAAAGACCUGCGGAUUGCAUUUGAUGAAAUUAAAGAUUAUUUUCAAGCCAAAGAUGAUGAACUUGACAUCUUAUUGCUAAAGGAGGAUUUACUGGAAGAUUUUAAGGGUUAUUUGGGCUGCCAGUCAGUGUCAGACAUGAUCCGAUUUUACCUGGAUGAAGUCUUACCGAAGGCGAUCAACAGCAGCAAACACACCCGGAGCAUGGCCAAUAUUGGCAACAUGCUGAUGGACCUGCUGCAGACACUGAAGCGCUGUCACAGAUUCUUCACUUGCGAGAAGAGGAACCAAGCCUUAAAGCAGAUCAAGGAAACCUACGAUAAGUUACAAGAGAAAGGAAUCUAUAAGGCAAUGGGAGAAUUUGACAUCUUCAUUAACUACAUUGAAGAAUACUUGAUGAUGAAGAUGGGAAAGUGAAACCCCCAAAAAUUCUACAUCUUUCACAACAAGGAAACUGCCGU